AUGCCAGAAAACACUGUGCCAGCGUGCCAGAAUGAAGUCACCGAUGUUCCGAGCUGGCUGGACGAGCAGUACGUUGAAAAGCUGCUACGUUGUGCAUUGAAAGAAAAGUCUAUCAAACUAAAGCAGCUGAUUUUGAAAUACGCCGUGCCGAAGGGUGAUAACUUUGCCAGCAUUAUCUAUCGUAUCCAGGUGGUGUACCAUGCAAAGGAAGAGUAUGAAAUAACUAGGACGUUCAUCGUAAAAGGAAUGAUCACCGAAGGAUUGGCUGGCGAAAAAUUGCGCCAGUAUGAUGUGCAGCGCAAAGAGAUGGACGUGUAUCAGUACAUCGUGCCGGAGUUGAAGCGCAUGAUGCAGUGUGUCGGAGAGCGGAGCGAGUUGUACCCAUCGGCGUUGGCCAUCGAUCGCAAGCGUGAAGUGAUUUUGUUCAAGGAUCUCACCCUGGAUGGAUACAGAAUGGCCGAUCGUACGAAGGGACUGGACAUGGUUCACUUGAAGAUGGCCUUUAAGCUUAUGGCCAAACUGCAUGCCGGAUCGCUCAAGCUACGCGAACAGCAACCGACCAUCUUCGACCACUACCGAACGGGUAUGAUGACGCGUGAAACGGAAGCAUUUCAUCCGAUGUUUGUGCGGAUCUUUGACGCUCUGGUUGCUGAGAUCGCUCGCUGGGGACCUGAGUGGGACUACUAUCGCCGGAAGCUGGAAAUCCUACGGCCGAACUUUGUAGAGUAUGGCCUACGAGUGUUCGACAACGAACCGGAUGCGAACGAUCUGUGCGUGUUCGUGCACGGUGAUCUGUGGGUGAACAACUUGCUGUACAAAUAUGACACACACGCGAACCCGAUCGACGCGGUAUUGCUGGACUUCCAGUACUGCUGCUACGGGACGCCGAUGAUCGAUUUCUGUUACUUGUACUACACAUCGGCCAGGAAUGAAAUACGCCAGAAUUGCCUCGAUGAGCUGUUGCAGUACUACUACUAUGCUCUAAGAACGUGCGUAAGGGAUCUUAAGUACCUUGGAACAUUUCCAACCCUAUAUCAGUUUCUUCAGCAGUCGAUGCGCAAAAUGUUCUACGGUGUCUAUUCAACAUUCAUAGCACUUCCGGUGCAGAUGAACGACAAGACGGAAAAUGCGGACUUUGACGCGCUCAUGGGCGAUGACGAGCGUGCGCAAAUAUACAAGCGAACGAUCGUGUCCAAUGACAAGUAUCGGAAGAUUAUCCAAGGUUUGUUGCCACAGUUCGACCGAAAGGGUCUGCUAGAUCCACUGUAUUAG